AUGCCACCCAAAAGCAGAGAUUUCAAACCGAAGGCCAAGUCGAAAGCUUCGAACCCACAGUCAGAAAUUGAAUACUUGGAGGCGGCAGAACAACAUGAACAGGCAGGAGGCAAAUGGCGAGCUGGAGACGCAGCGAAAGGAGCAAGAUUCUUCCAACGCGCAAUUCAGAUGUACGAUGAGGGACUGGUGAAGUUUCCACAAAGUUUUGACCUCGCGUACAAUAAGGCACAUCUCGAAUACCAAACUUGCGAAGAUGAACGCGUUGCACCUCACCUGGGCAGCAAGGUCGCCCUGCUGCAGGAAACCCUGGCCUCUCACCGUGCGGCACUCUUAUUGAACCGCGAAAAUUUAGACAUCCAAUUUAAUACCGGACAAGUCCUCAGCUCGCUAGCAGAAGCACUAUUGGAAGACGAGGCCGAGACUGAGGCGAGAGUAGCCGCACGUCCAUUGCUCGAAGAGGCGGCCGAUCUAUUUGCCAAGUGCCUUGCUGCGCAACAGCGGGAGUAUGAGCAGAUGGCCCUCCAGUGGAACACUAUGCAGACUGAGCAAAGCAACCUGCAUCCCAAUGAUGCAGGUAUGCAGACGGAAGCGGAUGGUGAGAAAACCACAGAUGCUGCCUCGGAAACUUCUUCCGCCACUGGGGAGUGGGCUACAGUCGAGGAAGCCCUUACACCCGAGGUCAUUCUGGAAACAUGCACUGCACAGCUUGGCGUUCUGACGACGCUCCUGGGCUUGUACAAUCCCACUGAGCUAUCGAGCCUUGAGAAGCGAGUUCAGGAGGGCCUUUACACAGUCAACACCAGCAUCUCGACUCUGAUCUCCCUUGUGGACAAUGCUCCUCCGCCUCCAACAGUAGAUGAAAGAGCCGGUCCUACAUUAUCCAUAUCGUCCCCCAGCACCAAAAAGGAGCACGCACUAACGCCCAAAGACGAUGCUCUCCUGGCCGCAGCCAUAUUCCAGGUCGCCGUUGCAGAAGCAUCCUACCGCAACGGAAACAUCACAGCACCGCAAUAUGCCAGCACGAUCUCGACGCUGUUUACCACGUUGAUUCAGGGCUCACAGUCUCCAGAGCAGCAAGUGGCGCAGCAGUCCGCCUAUGCCGAUGCGCUCAUAGACGUGGCGGAAGCAGCAUCUACGUCUUCGGAUGCCGAGACUCAAUGGAAUGCCCUCUCCGAAGCGCAAAAGCUCCUCACGCAACUAGUCAAACCCCAAUACAACGCCCAUCUGUCGCCUGAUCGCCUCGCAGACAUAUUCGACACACGAGCGGACAUCGACCUCACACGCUUCAGCCUCUCGUUCGCAGACACAGCUAAAGCAGCCUGGAGGUCGAGUCGAAACGUGCUGGUUUCUAAUGCAGGCGUAUUUUACCGCGGAGCGAAGAGCUACGCCGAGAGAGUAGGAGACGGAGAGCAAGCAAAAGCCACCGGGGCAAAGGCAGUUGUAGCGGAGGUUUUAAAACAAGUUCUUGAAAAGGGUGACGGUGCUAUUACAGCCAAACAUGAGUGGAAAGCACAGCAAGCAGAAGUGAAGCAGGCGCUCGAACAGAUGGUAAACGAAAAUAUCUUGGGCCAACGCGAGGGUGAGGAGGUGUUGAGGAUAGUAUCUCAAUGA